CAAAAACUCCAGGGAAUGCUGCUCGCCGACAUUUCUGGACAGGUUACCCACUGGGAGAUUCACCACUGUCUCAGUCCCAUUGCUACCUAAGAUAGAGCUGGCCCCUGUUCCUGGAAAGGCGUUUGUGGGAGUAAAGAUGGAGGCCGGAGGGGAGCGCUUUCCUAAACAAAGGCAAGUCCUGAUUCUCUUUCUCUUGCUGGGAGUGGCUCUAGCAGGCUGGGAAUCCCGUCGCUAUUUCGUGAUGGAGGAAACUGAGAGCGGCUCCUUUGUGGCCAAUCUUGCUAAGGACCUGGGGCUGGGAGUGGAGGAGCUAGCUGCGCGAGAAGCCCGGGUGGUCUCCGAGGACAACGAACCCUGGCUGCAGCUUGAUCUACAGACUGGGGAGUUGAUAUUAAGUGAGAAACUGGACCGGGAAGAGAUGUGCGGCCCCACAGAUCCAUGUGUAAUGCAUUUCCAAGUGUUACUGAAAAAACCACUGGGAGUAUUUCGAGCUGAGCUACUGGUGAGAGACAUAAACGAUCAUUCUCCUGAGUUUCCUGAAAGAGAAAUGACGCUGAAAAUCCUAGAGACUAGCCCUCCUGGGACCGUGUUUCCUCUGAAAACAGCCCAGGAUUUGGACGUGGGCAACAACAACAUCCAAAACUACAAUAUCAGUCACAACUCUUACUUCCAUGUUUCCACCCGCAACUGGGGGGACGGCAGGAAAUACCCAGAGCUGGUGCUGGACAAAGAGCUGGAUCGCGAAGAGCAGGCCGAGCUCAGAUUAACCCUCACAGCGCUGGAUGGCGGCUCUCCGCCCAGGUCUGGCACCGCCCAGGUCCGAAUCUUGGUCUUGGACGUUAAUGACAACGCCCCUGAGUUUGCACAGACGCACUACCAGGUGCAGGUCCCAGAGAACAGCCCUGUAGGCACCCUAGUUGUCAAGGUCUCAGCUAGGGAUUUGGACACUGGAACAAACGGAGAGAUAUCAUAUUCCCUUUUUGAUAGUUCUCAAGAGAUAAGCACAACUUUUGAGCUAAGCAGCAUUUCAGGAGAAGUUCGACUAAUUAAAAAACUAGAUUUUGAGACAAUAUCCUCAUAUGAGCUGUAUAUAGAUGCGUCUGAUGGUGGGGGACUUUCUGGAAAAUGCUCUGUCUCCAUUGAGGUGAUGGAUGUUAAUGAUAACUCCCCAGAACUAACUAUUUCAUCACUUACCAACCCCAUUCCUGAAAAUUCCCCCGAGACAGAAGUGGCCCUGUUUAGGAUUCGAGACCGAGAUUCAGGGGACAACGGAAGGAUGACUUGCUCCAUCCAGGAUGAUCUCCCCUUCCUCCUGAAACCAUCUGCAGAGAACUUCUACACCCUAGUAACAAAUGGGGCGCUGGACAGAGAGAGUAAAGCCCAAUAUAAUAUCACUAUCACCGUCACAGAUAUGGGGACACCGAGACUGAAAACCGAGCACAACAUAACCGUGCUGGUGUCCGACGUCAACGACAACGCCCCCGCCUUCACCCAGACCUCCUACACCCUGUCCGUCCGCGAGAACAACAGCCCCGCCCUGCACAUCGGCAGCGUCCGCGCCACAGACAGAGACGCGGGCGCCAACGCCCAGGUCACCUACUCGCUGCUGCCGCCCCUCGACGCGCACGUGCCCCUGGCCUCCCUGGUGUCCAUCAACCCGGACAACGGCCACCUGUUCGCCCUGAGGUCCCUGGACUACGAGGCCCUGCGGGCGUUCGAGUUCCGCGUGGGCGCCGCCGACCGCGGCUCGCCCGCGCUCAGCAGCCAGGCGCUGGUGCGCGUGCUCGUGGCGGACGACAACGACAACGCGCCCUUCGUGCUGUACCCGCUGCAGAACGCCUCGGCGCCCUGCACCGAGCUGGUGCCCAGGGCGGCCGAGGCGGGCUACCUGGUGACCAAGGUGGUGGCGGUGGACGGCGACUCGGGCCAGAACGCCUGGCUGUCGUACCAGCUGCUCAAGGCCACGGAGCCCGGGCUGUUCGGCGUGUGGGCGCACAACGGCGAGGUGCGCACGGCCCGGCUGCUGAGCGAGCGCGACGCGGCCAAGCACAGGCUGCUGGUGCUGGUCAAGGACAACGGCGAGCCGCCGCUCUCGGCCAGCGUCACGCUGCACGUGCUGCUGGUGGACGGCUUCUCGCAGCCCUACCUGCCGGCCCCGGAAGCGGAAGCGGCGGACGCGGCCCCGGCCGCCCCGCUCACCGUCUACCUGGUGGUGGCCUUGGCGUCGGUGUCGUCGCUCUUCGUCUUCUCGGUGCUGCUGUUCGUCGCGGUGCGGCUGUGCAGGAGGGACGGGGGGGCCUCGGUGAAUCGCUGCUCGGUGCCCGAGGGCCACUUUCCGGGCCACCUGGUGGACGUCAGCGGCACGGGGACCCUGUCCCAGAGCUACCAGUACGAGGUGUGUCUGACGGGAGGCUCUGGGAGUAAUGAGUUCAAAUUCUUGAAGCCUGUCUUCCCCAAUAUUCUGGAAUCGGACCUUGGGAGGAAGUCAGAAAGAAGUUCAACCUUCCAGAAUAAUGAAUUCUCAAGUGAGCUCCAAAUUCUGGGCCUAGAGGAGCUUUUGAUGACACAGCAUCCCAAUAUCUGCUUGCCUUUGGAUGAUGACAUUGUUCUGGUUAAUAGGGAAUUUGAAAGAAAAUGCAUUGUAGAAUUAAUAUUACUUAACCAAAGAAAGCUUAGUAAAGGAUAUGUUGGUGAGGGAGUUGAAUGAUUUGAAGAAAUAAUCAGCUCUGUUGUCAGGACUCCUCUAUCUCCAGGAGCCUCAUAAGUGGAUACUAUAGAAUGGUGUGGUUGACAGAGUAAUGGCCCCUAAAGACAUCCACAUCCUAAUCCCUGGAACCUGUGAAUAUUCUGUGUUGUAUUGCAAAAGGAAAUUAAGGUUCAGAGGAAGUAAGGUUGCUAAUCAGUUAGUCUUAAAAUAGGGAGAAUAUCCUAGAUGAUCUGGAUGGGCCUGAUUCAGUCAGUUGAAAGGCCUUAGAGCAGAGCUGAGUCUUCCCUGAGAUGAAGAAAGGCUGACUGUGGGCAGCAGCUUCUUAUGCCCCAGACUUCCAGCCUGCUCUUUCUAAUUGCCUGCUCUACAGAUUUUGGACUUGCCUAGCCAGCUCACCCAACCAAGUAAGUCACUUCCUUGCAAUAAAUCUCUUAAUAUAUAUCUCCUGCUGGUUCUGUUUCUCUGGUUGAACCCUGACUGAUACAGAUGUUGGUACCUGGAAGUGGAGUGCUGCUGUAACAAAUAACUAAAAAUAUGGAAAUUGCUUUGGAAUUGAGUGGCAGGCAUAGGCUGGAAGAAUUUUGAAGCGCAUGAUGGAAAAAGCCUAGAUUGCUUUGGACAGACUGUUAGUUGAAAUACAGAUGUUAAUAACUCUACUAGCGAAGACUCAGAGGGAAGUAAGGAGUAUGGUGGAGAAAACAUAUAUUGCCUUAUAGAUUACCUAAAUCAAAACCUUAGGAGACUUGGUAGUAAUAUGGAUGUUCCCUGGUGCACAGUGGUUAAGACUCCGCCUGCCAAUGCAGGGGACAGGGGUUCAAGCCCUGGUCCAGAAAGAUCCCACAUGCCGCGGGGCAACUAAGCCCGUGUGCCACAACUACUGAGCCUGCGCUCUAGAGCCCUCGAGCCACAACUACUGAAGCCUGGGUGCCUAGAGCCCGUGCUCUGCAACAAGAGAAGCCACCGCAGCAAGAAGCCCACGCACUCUGUGCACCGCAACGAAGUGUAGUCCCUGCUCGCCGUAACUAGAGAAAGCCCAUGCACAGCAACAAAGACCCAACACAGCCAAAAAUAAAUAAAUAAAUAAUUUUUUUUAAAAAAAGUUUAAAGUCACUGCUGAUGAGGGCUCAGAAAAAAUGAGGAAAAUGUUAUUGGAAACUGGAGGAAAUAGAAUCCUUGCUACAUAGUGGCUGAAAACUUAGCUGAAUUGUGUCCUGCAGUGGAAAUGUGGGAGGAAAAGGACUUGUAAGCAAUGAACUUGGAUAUUUAGCUGAGGAGAUUUGGGCUGAGGAGGCAUGGGUUGAAAAUACAGCGUGGUUUCUUCUUGCUGCUUAUAGUAAAAUGUGAGAAGAAUGAAAUAGAUUGAGGGAAGGACUGUUAAGCAAAAAGGAACCAGAAUAUGAUGACUUGAGAAAUGCUCAGCCUAUUCAGAUUGUAAAAGAUGCUAAAAUUAGGAAAGUGUGUUCUGGAGAGAAAGCCAAUGAUGUCACAGGUGUACAAUAUUUGUACUAGGCAUACACAUUGAGAUGAUACUAUAAUGAGAUGUGAUCUUUGAGGACCUUAAAUAUAUUUUUUAUGUGGGAUGGAUGUGAAUCUUUGGGGACAAGAGGGUGGACUGUGGUAGGGAGAAUAAUGGCCCCACAAAGUAUCUAUGUCCUAAUCUCUGGAACCUGUGAAUAUCUUAUGUUAUGUGGCAAAGGGGAAUUAAAGUUGCAGAUAGAAUUAAGGUUGAUAAUCAGCUAACCUUAUAAGGAGAUUACCCUAGGUUAUCCAAAUGGGUCCAGUGUAGUCACAAGAGCCUUGAAUAAGAAGUGGAAGUGGGAAACAGAAAAGUCAGUAUCAGAGUGAUGUUCUGUGAAAAAGACUGAACCAGCCAUUACUGAGUUUGAAGAUAGAAGGGAGCCAAAAAUGAGGGAAUGCAGACAGCCUCUAGAAGCUAGAAAAGGCAAGAAAAUGUAUUCUCCCUUAAAGACUCCAGAAAGGAAUAUAGUUCUACCUUAACUUUAGCCCAGUUUAACUUCUGACCUCCAGAACGGUAAGAUAAUUUUGUGUUGUUAAGCCACUAAGUUUAUGGUAAUUUGUUACAGCAGCUAUAAGACAUGAAUACAAAUGGCUACCAACAAAGCCAUUUCCAAGCCCAUUUUUCUUUUCCUUCCCCUACUCUAGUCCAAAAUAUUCAUAUUCCCAUAAUCUCUUGCAGGUAGGAGUGUCAUAUAACUUUGUUAUUGCUACUGAUGUAAAAGUAUAAUUGGGAAUUGGGAUUAAGGGAAAUAUUUUUGAAAGGGGUAAUCUGAGGUGGCAUGUUCCUUAGGACUUUGCCCAUUUUCCUUUUUCUUAACUGGCAUGGGUACUGAUGAGUAAGCCUUGAGUUGAAGCAGCCAACUUGCAACCAUGAGAUGAAUACCAUAGAACAAAGAUUAUAUACUAAGUAUGAUAAGAUGGAAAGCCCUUGAAUUUCUUACAACAUUGUCAAGCUGCUGCAACACCUCUGUGCUACCUUCUCCCAGGCUUUAUGUUGCACUUUAUAAAUAAACCCCUAUGUGAUUAAACAACUGUAGUCAGGUUUUCUGUUGAUUACAGACAAAUGCAUUCCAAGCUGACACAUCUCUCCUCCUCGUGAGUAAGGUUGAUUUACACAGUUG